AUGAAUACAGACAAUCUUGGCGUUAGUGGAACAGGUGUUGGUGUCACCAAUGAUCCAUAUGGACAUCAUCAUCUUACUCAUCCUCAUCUUCUUCCACCUCAUCAUUCACAACAUUCAUCAGCAAUCUAUUGUUCUUCAUCAAAUCCUUAUACAGAAUUAUUUUCUCCAUUUCCUACUGAUUUUAUAACACCUCAUGAUACUGGUACUAAUCCAAGUGUACCAACUGAUUAUCUUACAUUACAAAAUUCAAUUGAUUAUGUUGUUUCACAUCAUCAUCAUCAUCAACAACAGCAACAACAACAACAACAACAUCUUCAUCAAAUGACAUCAUCAUCAAAUGGAGAAAGAACACCAUCAUCUGUUGGUACUGGUAUUACUGGUUCUGAUUCAUCUCCAUCACAUUCAUUUGCUACAAGUAGUGGCUAUUCAUCAUCAGCUGAUUAUUACAAUGCAUCAGUUCUUAAUUCCAAAACAGGUCUUAAUAACACAAAUACAUCAAAUACAAAUUCUAGUAAUAACAACAAUAACAACAACAAUAAUAAUUCAUCGAUAGCAAAUACAGGUAGUCAUAGUCCAUAUGAUGGUGCAUCAACAGCAAGUACAUCAUCACCACCACAAUCAAUAGGCUAUUUACCAACAAUAGUUAAACAGGAAACAAUGAUGCCAGGCGCAUUUACCAUCGAUCCACACAGUAAUUACGGAAAUGCAAACGGUACAGCAUCAUCAAUAAACAAUCCUAAUAAUCCAAAUUUUGGUCUCGGUGUCGAUGAUUAUAGUUCUUCAUUAUAUCACCCAUCAGCAGCAAAUCCCUAUCCAUCAUAUUCAUCAACAGGACUUUUACAAACAUCUUAUCCAGUCGGACCUUAUGGUGUUUCUCAUUCGGAUCAUAUGCGAUUGUAUAGUUCCCAACUAAAACAUGAUUUUGGUAUCGAUAUGCGUUUUAAAUUAGUUGGGAAUCAACGAGUUUCACCAAAUGCCGAUGUAUCUCCAUCACAAUUAUGUGCUGUUUGUCAAGAUUCAGCUCAAUGCCAGCAUUAUGGUGUUCGAACUUGUGAAGGAUGUAAAGGAUUCUUUAAACGAACAGUACAAAAGAAUGCUAAAUAUGUAUGUUUGGCAGAUAAAAAUUGUCCAGUUGAUAAACGUCGUCGAAAUCGUUGUCAAUACUGUCGGUUUCAAACAUGUCUAGCUGUUGGCAUGGACAAAGAAGUUGUUCGAACAGAUGCAUUGAAAGGUCGCCGUGGUCGUCUACCAUCCAAACCAAAAAGUCCAAGUAUUCGACAACCAAAUAGUUUUCAAACUCAAUUUUGUCGUUUCUAUAAUGAUUCCAUACCAAAUCCGGCCAGUCUUGAUUUUAGCAAAUUAAAUUAUCGAACAGUGACGAAUAAAGAAAGUUUAUGUGAAGAAAAAUUACUUGUCUAUGAUGCUUUCAUACGUUCAUGCGAUAUAAUUAAACAAUGGGUUGAUAAAUUUGCAUUAUUUUAUUCCAUACAAAAUACUGAACGUGAUCGUCUUUAUUCAAAUUGUUUAUUAGAACAAAUUGUAUUUCGAACAGCAACACGUCUUGAUGGUGAUCGUGUUGUUUUAUGUUCAGGUAUUGUUGUACAUAAAGUACAAAUGAAUUAUUUACUUGGUGAUGUUGCACAACAAAUAUAUGAUUAUGGAUCAACAUUAAAAACUCGAAAAAUUGAUUCAGUUAUAGCAGCAACACUUGCAUCAAUUUUAUUACUUGAUUCAAAUAAUCCUGAUUAUGUUUAUCAUCGAAUACCAUUAUCAUCAGCAGUUAAUGAACUUUAUCAAAAAAUAGUUGAUUCAUUAAAAGAUUAUUUAAAACAACAACAUGAAGAUAGUUCAAUUUAUUUACAAUUAUUAGAUCGACUUAAUGAUGCUAGACGUAUUGCACAUAGUCUAAGAAAACGUUUGACACUUUAUCGACAUUCAAAUGGAUUAACAAAUUCAAUGAAUACAUUACUUGAUUUAGUACUUGAAUGUAAACCAAUAUCAACUGAUUUACAAACAAAUGAAGAAAAUUCAACGUUACCAUUUAUGCAAUAUGAUCUAUGA